UUCUUCACAUCCACUCAACAACAUGUCCGUUACAGAACGUACCUACAUCAUGGUCAAGCCCGAUGGUGUCCAACGUGGACUCGUCGGGAAGAUCAUCGCGAGGUUCGAGGAGCGUGGAUACAAGCUGAUCGCGCUUAAGCUUGUCCAGGCCACCGAGGAGCAUCUUGAAAACCAUUAUGCCGACCUCAAGGGCAAGGCUUUCUUCCCCGGCCUCAUCAAAUACAUGGCCUCGGGCCCCGUUGUCGGUAUGGUCUGGCAGGGUCUUGAUGCCGUCAAGACUGGCCGCGUCAUGCUCGGUGCCACCAACCCCCUCGCUUCUCCCAUCGGAUCCAUCCGUGGUGACUACUGCCUUGCUGUUGGACGCAACAUCUGCCACGGCUCAGACUCUGUUGAGAGUGCUGAGAAGGAGAUCAAGCUCUGGUUCCCCGAAGGCGUUGUUCAAUACACCAGCGCUCUUGAAUCCUGGAUCUUUGAGUGAUUGCUCCAUUGAUAAGAAGAAGAAAGUCAUGUAUUUUACUUAGUGGCCAAUUUAGAGUUUGUACCCGACCCUCGUUCUCACACGCGUCUUGUUGUCCGUCACUU